UGCCUAGGGCGCAAAAUAGUCUGGCACCGGCCCUGGCUGCUAGACACACAUUUAAAGCAAUGUCUGUUUUGGCCCUAAGAGUAGUGUACUGUGGAGACCAGGAACAAAGCUCAAAUACUAACAGUGGCAAUAGGUUAGUGGUUAUUCCUUGGGAAUAGUCAAGCAAGCACUUUGUGCUUCCAGCUUUGAAAGACUUAAUGCUAUCCCAGUAUGUUCAUGGAUGCACUGCAUGAAGAAGCAGUAGGCACUUGCGCUGCCCUUUUGAAACAGGAACAACUUUUCAAGGUUCAGUUCUGCAUAAAAUCACAAAGUUCUCAUUAAAAGCAACAACUCGUCUCUUCUUUGGCAUGGGGGGUGCACCCUGGCAAAGGUUUCUUCUUUUCAUGGUGUCAUUUCUGUGCAUAGCCGUGAUGAGUGAAUUCAACAAUAAAAGGAGCACCUGGAUUACAGCAAAGAAGUAUAAACAGUGCUGUGCGUUUGAGCGGGUUUUAAAGUAUGCACACAGUUAUUGUGCCUAUGCUGCAGAAACAAUGACAUUUAUUUUGUCUUGGCUUCCAUUGGUUGUAUUCAUAACUCCGUGUGAUGUUUUGGAUGAAGAUCACAGGGUUUGGUUUAUCUUUCCUUUACGGCAAUGUUAGCUGCAUAUAUGUUCCAGUUUCAACUAGACUCUGGCGUGGUGGUGGCUGGUUUCGUACAGCUGGCUGGUCUAGUACAAUCGGAGCAAUUGAAAUAUCUCCUAGGUGCUUCCCAUCACACUGCGUAAUGUGAAAAUAAUGGAGUUGACUCAAAGGAGUUAUUCAGGAGAAACUGCUUGGUAUUUAAUAAGUUGGAUGCAAUUAGGCAAAAUUCAAUAAAAUCUCAGGACAAGGUCUCAGUUGUCUCGUCUUCUCUUUAAAGACACCAGUGAUUUCUUUCAGUAUAAUGGAAGUUCUGUCCAAGGAUGUCUCUUGCCCCUAAUUUUUUGAUCUGAUAAGCUAUUUCAGUUCUUUGCACAGGGCUGAUCUGCAUGGCUGGUGAUCCUCAUGCCAUUCAAACACGCAAGCUUAUAUCACCAUUCAUGAUAUACAGGAAGGAUUAGAAAAAAUGGUCACUGACAUGUUUUUUUGCCAUGACUAGUGGAACUUCCGGUGCAAAAUCGUGAGGUUGCCAGUAAGAUGUGCAUCAAUAUUUGUGAAAAGAGAGAACCAGUGCAAUCUUGUAAAGCAGACUACCUCCCACAUAAUACAUAACUUUUGUAAACCUCCCAGAGAACUUCGGCUAUGGGGCGGUAUAUAAAUGUAAUAAAUAAAUAAAUAAUGCUGUGAGUCAUGAAAGAAACAUGUCUCUUUUGGGACUGUAAACCCCAAAGCAAUAGCGCUGGUGAUAUCAACGUUCCUAAUUAUGAUGGUGCUUUUUCUCGCUUCCUAGCUGUCUCGCCUAUCCACAAGGAACUCUGGAACUGGCAUCUACUGAGGGAGCAUGACACACAGGGAAGCACCUCUCUCUCAGACGACAAGUUGUACUUUAACUGCACAAGAAAGAACUGGAGAUUUCAGGGCCCUUCGAGCAAAGUUUCAAAAUGAUUCAAAUUUUUCCAGUACGUUGCUGCAGUCUGCAAAGAAGCCACCUGCAGAAAUCAUCCUAUGGCAAAACACAGAUAGUAGUUCUACCCCCUGCCCAAAACCCAAGCCCAUGCGCCGAAUGCAAGUUCCAGAUCCUGAGCGAAAAACUGAGCAGUUCAGUUAUACGUUGCAGAAGCCUGAAACGGCGCAUGUCAAGCCGGUGGUGUUGCCGCGGAUGAGGCUUCGCGAAUUGUCUGAAGUAGGGAAGAAUGGGGGCAGGAAAAGCCCUGACAUUCCAGGAACCCUUUGUGGAGAGACAGCAUCUGUGGUAGAUUCCCAAAGGCAACGUCCGGUGUCUUGUCUUCACCCUGAAGAAGCCGCGUUGGCCAGGAAUUCUUUCCAUGAUACUCUGCAAAUUUGGGAAAGUGCUUCAACACUGAGUGAUCAGAAGUGUUCUGCAACACCACCGCAGCCUGCCAAUAGGACGACAUCUCUUGCACAGGCCAGAACUGCUAAUGUUGCUGCUGCUACAGAAGAGAAAUCAAAAAUGGCUGAAAAGGAGCCAUCACUGGUACUUUCUGCACCCAAGACUCCUUCCCAUUUUCAUAGCGAACCUUCUCCAUUUCUUCUAGCCACACCCCCUAUUCCACCCAGAGGUCAGACAAGCUUAGAGAGAGGGUCACACAGAGCCAUUCACGUUUCUGCUUUCUCCCCAAAUGGUUAUGACUUCAACAAGUCAAGCAGGACCUCUCAAUGUACCAACGGUAUGGAAGGAGUGCAUGAUGACGAAGAGAUCAAGCUUCCAAAACCCAAACCACUUCCUUCCAUUAUAUCACUUGGUCCUCCUCCAAAGAAACCACCAAGGCCGCCUAAGGUAGAUCUUGGUACCUUCCAGUGGAACCUUCCAGAUGCUGUAGAUGAUGCAUAUAUGACUCCUGAAAUUACUGAAACAGAAGGAUUGAACACAUAUGAAGAUACCAUUUCUUACCUAAGGCAACCAGAGAGCUCCAUGAACUCAGCUCGAGAACUUACACAUCGUUUCAAGUCUGGAACAAAAGAAGAUACCAAGAAACAAAAUUUUCUUAUUGCCACCCCUAGUGCUGAAAAAGAGGAUAAAAAAUUGAGAAGUGCAGUCUGGAAUCAUGAGCUGCCAACACAACAACAAGCUAAAGAAAUAGUGAAGAUCAGUGGCCAUGGAGGUCUACUCACUAAACCUAAAACCAAUGGGGAGCAUAGAGAUGAGAAGUACGUGCCUCAAGAGGAGACAACACAGUCUUUCCCUGGAACAGGGCUAGAAAAGUAUGGAAACUUUUCAGAUGGUUAUGUAUGCCUGGAAACCUUAAAAACAGAUGAAGAGGAAGCAAGUCUAGGUCCAAGAGCUGCCAAAUCAGUGCAACCUGUGGAGGAAAUGUAUGAUGAUGUGGAAGGACUACAGAGAGAAUUUCAAGCCUCUGAGACCUACAGCUCUUUCACUUUGGACCACUUUUCAGAUGAUACUUAUGAAGAAACAUACGAAGAUGUUCAAAGUGAAGGUUAUAACUCAGCCAAGUCAGAUGAUGUCAAAGUAGAAAAACUAAAAGGACUUGGAAAAUUUUUCAAGAAAGGAAAAUACAAAAUGAAAAAUGCACACUUGAAAGAGAAUUUCCGCAACCUUUCUCGUUCUGUACCAAACCUAGAUGUUAUGGCCCAGGAAAACAUGAUGUAUGAUGAAGUGGACACAGAACCAAAUGAUACAAACUUUUCUUCCAGAAACUUCUUCAAAGUCAAGAAAUACAAUUUAGAAAAGAUUAACAAGAUGACAAAAGAAGAAAAGUUGUUUAGAGAGAAGUUCAUGUAUAAAAAGGAGAUUACAGUAAUUAAUACUGCAGUCACACACUGCUCGAAUACUUUGACCAAAGGCAAACUUGACUUGAAGAUCACAGCUGGUGAACAACUUGACGUCAUUGACAUUACUGAAGGGAAUCAGUUAAUAUGUCGGAAUUCUGAAGGCAAAUAUGGGUAUGUGCUAUUAGAACACUUGAAUUUCAGGUAUGUUUUACACAAUGUUUUCUGAUUCCUAUUAGUAGAGUUCCACAAACAUCUUUGUGGGAGGGAAAGUCAAUGUUGGUAGUUUAAUGAAGCCUUCUCCAACCUGAUGCCCUCUAGAAAUAUUGGACUGCAGCUCUCAUCACACCUAGCAACUGGCUGUGCUGAGGCAGUCUGAUGGGAGUUGGUGUCUAAAAGAUUUUGACAAUACAAGUUGGGUAAGGGUGGUUUAUUGUGAGAGGAUGGUGUGUUCUUUGAGGCAAUUGAUUUCAUAGGCAUAUUGAAGUCAUCUAAAUACUAUUGAAUUGCAAUUCUUUCCUCUUCUCUUCCCUUACCUCCAUCCCACUUAAUGGGAUGAUUUCUUUUUUGCAACGAAUGGGCACAGUUCAGAAGUAGAUGGAAGAUAUGAAUGAUGGCUUUAAUGCACCUGUUACAUAUAGUUUAGUUUAUGUAAAUAAGUUUUCUGUUAGUAUGGAACAUAUACACUAAAGUCCUGAUUACUUCGGUGUUACCUUGUGUGCCAAGAUUUCAGCUAGUCAGAACUCAACCCAGUUCGAAAAAUGAUCUUUCUUUGUGAUGAUGCAUAUCCAUUUACAAUACUGAGAGUAAAUUUGUGUUUUUUUUGUAUGCUCUCUCCUGUAACAGGCAUUAGUGUUGUAUAUCUGAAGCACAACUGUUUCCUAUGAGGUAAUGCUGUAUAGCUGCACGUGCUGGAAAUGCGCACCAAUAAGAACUUUAUUUGUAUGGGCAAAGAAAGAACCGAGUAGUUAAUGGAAAACUAAAUGCUAAGCUUGAAUUCUUCAGAAGCUGAAUUUUAACAGCUGCCAUUUGCUUGAAGGAUUGCCAUGAAAUUGAGUGUGGCUGCUUUUAAAUAUUGCAAGUUCAAAAUAGUUUGUUCUUCAGAUCCACGCUAAGUUGUAUGUGGCUUAAUAACCCAGAUAAAUGCUUGGCUGCAAAGAGGCUCACACAUUUGUCUAAUGAACUUCUGCACACACAAAGGGCUUUUAUCGUGUUCUGUUUCCAGCUGCAAUUCUACAAGCAGUGGAAGAUCUCCUAACCUUAAUGAGUGGCCUUUUUGGUUAUAAGGAUGGGGAUGUUGAAAAGUCCUUCUACAUGAACAAAAGCCACUGUGGCUCUUUAGAUCCUAGCCAGCAUAUUUCUGCACAAAACAAUUUCUAUGUCGUUGAUGCGUUCUGUGUUUUUGUAUGUGUUUUCUAUUCAUAUUGAAAAUGUAACACUUGACCUUUGUACCCAAUCCUGUAUUAAGUCUCCACAAAUUCUCAUAGUAUUCUCAUACUGGUACACUUGAGACAUUAAUUUUAGAUGUAAAUAAAAAAAUGAAUUGGCAUUUUAUAGUAGACACUCUGUUGUUGAAAGCACUUCUGCUAAAUGAACUAUGUGGUAUAAAACUGUAAGACACUUUACACAAUUGACACAUAAUUUGAAAUACGUAUCCUGUUUAUUGCUGUUUUAUUUGACUUACCUGUAACUAGCAUAAAAAGCAAAACACAGGGUUGUAUCCACCUGUGUCCUUCAACCAGCACGGGUCAUCUGGAGAUGAAGGAGCAAAUCCAGCUGUACAAGAAGAAUUCUGCCCCUACAACACUCAAUGUCACCCAAGGAAAGUGGCUUUGAGAUCUUCAAGAACAACACAUGGUCAAUUAAUAAAAAGGUUCCAAUUAAAGGAUGGGGCUGUGAUCCAGGUGCCCUUUUUGGCCAAUUCUCAUGAUUUUAUGAGUAACAAGCUGAUUUCACCCUAGAAUGGGGCGAACAACAUGCUCUUCACCCCAAUAAUAAUAAAAAUCU